AUUCGGCUCAACCUGUGCCCAAUUUUACACUGUUAUCUUGCGACGUGGAUUUGGAAGCCAUGCAGACGAUGGACUUUGCCACCCGUUCGGCAGCACCAAUGACACAGACGCCCCCCGUACUGCUCGAUCAGGCUGGGAUACAAGCUCUUCUUGACGAGUAUGUUACUUUGUACACCGACAUGCGCAACACCUGUGCAAAGAUGAUCAACAAAGAGUUGGUGGAUGCCGGAGAACAGAACAGUAUGAUGAUUCUGGAAGUGGUGGGCAGAUACAAUGGUCAGUUGAAUGGUUUGAACUUAGCAACCGCUUUUCAUCGUCUUGCAAGAUGCACCAGCGAACAGCAGAUUCCGGAGGUUCUUUUAAAUCCUGACUUCGUGAAGAUGUUGGACAUGGCUCAGACGUUGGCACAUCAGGAGCUUCAGCACCAAACCAACUCCAUGACGGCCAAGUGCAGUAUCAUGAUCCUUUGGUCACUCGCCUCCUUAGAGACCUUUCCAACAGAUCUGUUUUCCUUGCUGAGCCGCGUAGCGGUUCCGAAAUUGAGAACCUGUGAAGUUCACGAUAUCACCAACCUCCUGUGGUCGUUCGCAAAGCUCUAUAAGAUUCGCCCUCACUUGAUACCGCAUGUCAGUAUGGAGACUCCCUUGGUCGUGAACACCAGUGUGGAUGCCUUGAGCCAACAUGACCUCAGCUCUUUCACCGUACAGCUGCUGAUUUCGGCCUUGGUCUCGGUGGCAACCUUGCCAUGUCAGAGCCACGGUGCCAUGUGGCUCUUCAGCGCAUGCAGUCAGGAGGUGGCAAAGAAAUGGGAGCAGAUCCCCAAGAAGAGUAGGUCGCACGUGGCCUUCUCCUUUCGUCUGAUGCGUUUGCAAAAUUGUCUCCUGGCCAACUCUGUGGCCAAGACAGUGACGCAGAUCUGCCCCGACAUGCACUCAUCGGUCUCGCGGCCUCGGAAAGGCAACAAUAAACAGCAAAAAGGCAAGCCAGCCGCUCAAGCCGCCCCUGCCAUGGUUGUGCAAGGCGUGUAA